AUGGGUAAUAGCAAUUCGUCCGAAGACGUGGCCACGGAGAUUGUAAAGAAAAUCGGCUCCACCGCCUUGGCGAUUAGUUAUUUUACUCCUGCAGCGAUAGUAACUGGUCCUGCUACGGCUGUCAUAGCUGGAGGAGGACUGAUAACAGAGGGAAUUGGUCAUUUAACCGAUAACGAUGAUUGUAAAGAAGUAGGUGGAUUUUUUAGAGGAUUGGGCAUAGACGCUGCCAUCGACGGAGUAGCAGGUGGUGCUCUAGAAGGAGUAAAAAUGAGCAAAGGAGUGGCCGAGUUUGCCAAGGCCGGUUGCGAAGGGUUUUCUCGCAUGAGCGAUGAUUGCAACAGGGCGGCUGGUCAAUUCUUUAUUCCCACGCCUCCACCUCGGGAAACUCUUUUCGUAAUAAAGAACAUCAAGCAUUUGAUUUAG